AUUUAGUUAUUUUGAGGAACCUUAUGACUAGAAAAGGGAGGAAGGGGCAGUUACCCAUUCAUAGAAAUUUUGAUGGUUUGAAGCGGUUUUACAAUGCAUUACCGCUUUCAAUGCAUAAAAGGAAAGCGAUGCCAUCCUAUUUUGUGGGUGCCUAUAGCCGACGGGGAAUGCUUUCAAGUUAUCAUAUCAUAGGCACGCCGCGCGAACAGAUGGUUUUUGAUGCCAUGCACACUUACACGCCGACAACAUGUACAAAAAGGGUUUGUGAUAUGUUUUUGGAAGUGUCUGAACUUGUUUCCGUGUAUUAUGAUACGUUGGAUUAUUUGAAUUCGCUGCCGGAGUUACCCUAA